GCAGCGGCUGAACUUUGUCCUGCAGAGUGGAAGCUGUGUGAGCUGCUGCUUCGGCAUUCCAGUUCUCGUCUGAGUAGAAACUUGAGGAAAAUCUCAGCAUGGCAGAGAGGAGGGCAUCAGGAAGGGCGGUGGCAGACCCCGACUUCCUGCAGUUUAAUGAUUUGGCUUGUGAGAUGGUCGGAGGGAAGGUUAUCUUUGCCACAGAUGAAUGGUUUGCUCCUGCUAGCAAUCUGCUGAAGAGAGAGCCACCACAGUUUAUUGCAUCUGCCUUUACUGACUUUGGAAAGUGGAUGGACGGAUGGGAGACGAGGAGGAAGAGAAUAUCUGGCCACGACUGGUGCAUCAUCCAGCUGGGAGUACCAGGGCUGAUUCACGGCUUCGAUGUAGACACAUCCUUCUUCACAGGAAACCAUUCGCCUCAUGUCUCCAUCCAGGCCGGCUGUCUGGACCAGAUGCCCACCUUCACCCUGGAAGGAGAUCGAACUGGCAUGGCCGCCUCUGACAGUCAGAUGGCUGCUGUCGCCAAGCUGGGCUCGGAGGCGUGGCCUGAGUUGGUGAGCGUGUCUAAGCUGCAGCCUGGAUACUCAGACUCAUGCCAUAACUACUUCAGGGUCAACUUUAACAGGAGAGUCACACACCUCCGUCUCAACAUGUACCCAGAUGGAGGGAUAGCCAGGCUGCGGGUGUACGGUGUCGGGCAGAGAGACUGGUCGUCUGUCUCUACCAACCAGCUCGUUGACCUGGUGGCUCUGACCAAUGGUGGAGUCUGUCUCGGCUAUAGCGAUGCUCACUUUGGGCAUCCACGCAACAUGAUUGGUCUUGGUCGAGCUGCCAACAUGGCGGAUGGAUGGGAAACAGCUCGGAGACUGGACCGACCUAAAGAACUGAAGGUGGACCAGCAGGGGAUCCUGCAGGUGCCCGGCAGGGAGUGGGCCGUGUUUCGUCUCGGCCAUCCUGGACUGAUCAGCAGCAUCGAGGUCGACACCAACCACUUCAAAGGUAACUUCCCAGACUCCUGCAGGAUCGAAGCGUGCACUUUGACCCCUGAGGAGGAGGCUCAGCGCAUCAGGACCAGGUGGAAUUCUGAGAAAUGGCAGGUCCUUCUUCCGCCUCAGAAGCUCCGUCCUCAUCACAUUCAUCACUACAAUGAGGCUGAGCUGAUGCUGAGUCAUCCUGUCAGUCACGUCCGACUCAUCAUCGCUCCAGACGGAGGAGUCAGUCGCCUCCGACUCUGGGGUCGACUCACGCCAAUCACUGCAGCUUCGGUCAAUCAGAGGAGACCAACAUCCAAACUCUGACACACCUCAGGGAUGCAGACACUGAGUAUUUCAACAUGCUCAAGAUCAACUUUAAUCAACCUCAGGUGGUGUUGUCAACCGCCUUCCCCUCGCAGCCCUCCCGCUGUCAUCCCCGGCUGACCCCCUCACCUCAGCGAAGUGAAGAGCUGAAUGAGCCUCGUCCUCAGAGAUCUCGUAUUCCGCAUGACGCUCGAAGACGUGCGGCCUCUAAAUCCGUCUGCAGGUCAAACACAUAAAAGAUCAGUUUAUCAAAUCAUCAGAUCCUGUUCCUGUCCUCAUCGGUUUAGGAUCAGCAGUCAGACUGAUUUCACACAUCUUCGGAAAACAUCUGUGUCAUUUGGUUGUGCUUUUUUUCGGCUCAGUUGUCGCGAUUUUUUAGAGUUGCCAGUUACACCAGUGCUUCUCAUCUUACGAUUUAAGCGUUAACAUUAUAGAAUGACUGAAGCACAAUUAAAUGUCACAAAUUUGAAAAAUC